CCAGCUGCAUAUAAGGCCGGGUCCAGAGUGGGGAUCAGGGGAUCGCUGUGAGCUGCCCAUAACAAGAAUGCUGCUGCGGUGUGUUGUAGCCCUCUGCCUUGUGGCCCUGUCCUGGGCACAGGACUGCCAGGUAGCCAACAUUAAGGUCAUGCAGGACUUUGACAGAACCAGGUAUGCAGGCACGUGGUACGCCGUAGGAAAGAAGGACCCAGAGGGUUUGUUCCUUCUCGACAACAUCGUGGCCCAGUUCACCAUUAGCGAGGACGGCAAAAUGACUGCCACAGCUAAAGGCAGAGUCAUCAUCCUCAACAAUUGGGAAAUGUGCGCCGACAUGAUGGCCACCUUUGAGGAUACUCCCGACCCCGCCAAGUUCAGGAUGAAGUACUGGGGAGUCGCAUCCUACUUGCAGACUGGAAACGAUGACCACUGGGUUAUCGACACCGACUACGACAACUACGCAAUCCACUACUCCUGCAGACUUCUAGACUCCGACGGCACCUGCUUAGACAGCUACUCCUUCAUAUUCUCCCGUCACCCGACCGGCCUGAGGCCGGAGGACCAGGUCACCGUCGUCCAGAAGAAGAUGGAGCUGUGUCUCCUCGGCAAAUACAGACGCGUCGCACACACCGGCUUCUGCCAGGAGAGCGGAUCUCUUGACCCACCGAGCCCCCCUUCCUAAGAGCCCCCCUUCAACCACCACCUCCACCAUCCGCCAUCCGCCAUCCACCCCUGAGACUGUGGACUGGUCUCAGACUGAAUCCCACUUCUUCCCUUUUACCUCUAUUUUAUGUCUGUCUUGAAAAGGGAAAGAAGCUUGUCCAUCUUUUAAAAAAAUAAACUAAAAUGGGAAACUUCAAGCUGCAAUAUUCACAAGAAAAGACUUUUCUUCGUUAAGUGUUUCCAUUAGUUAGAGUUGCAUGUUGUAUUUUUUUUUUCUUUUGUAAAGGAAAAUUGCAUAAAACAAACUUUAAAUGUGAACCGAUGCUUCCUCUGUGAUGCCAGUGAGAAAACAUGUCAGACAGUAGCGUUGUCUGGAAUUACCCCUCUCAUAAAAUAUCUCCUCUUUAAGUGAACCUGGACUCUAAACGCCACGUUGGCUAAAAAGAAAAAAACAGGUUUCCACGUCACUGAAGGUACGGUACGCAUGGUACAUUGUAGCACAAAUGCACAUAGACCUUAAAACAUGCACAGUUACUAUAUUUAGGCGUACAGUAAGUAAGUCAAGGUUGUUUCCUAAUGCCAAGAUGUGAACUUGAUCGAGUUUUUGAAAUAAAAACCUUAAAACAA